AUGAAUGCAUAUAACACAGACGGCAGAUAUUUAUUGAUAAUUUAUGAAAAAGUAUUUAAAGUAAUUUACAUAAAGAAUUUAAAAGAUAAGAAAGAUGAGAACGUUAAGGUGCCAGCACUCUUUAUAUAUCGAAAAAAUGGGAAAUGUUUAGAGAAGAGAAUAUUAAAAGAGAAGAUAAGAAAAAAGAGUAAAAAAUAUGGAAAUAUAUUAAAUGAAUUAAUAAUAGACAAUUUAAUAGGUACCAUAGAAUUUAGGAAUGAAUUAUUUUUAUUUGUAGUAGAAAAAUGGAGAUUAUUAAGUAAAUUUUAUUAUAUGGAUAAAUAUAGAAGUAUUUAUAAAAUAGAAAAAGUCCAUUAUAUACCAUAUAAUGUGGAUAUUAUACCAAUAAAUACAGCAAUAAAUAAUAGUUUAAAUAUAGAUGACAAUUCAAAUAAUUAUUUUAUAAAUAAUGUAAAAAAUAAUGAGGAUAUAAAUAAGAAUUUUGAAAUAAUAGACAACUCAAUAAAUUUUGAAAGUAACAAUAAUAAUAAUUUUGGUAUAAUCACAGCAUCUUCUCUAAAAACUAAUGACCUUUCAAAUAAGAAUGAUGAUGUUUCACAUGAUUUUUUUAAUACAAGCAAUAAAAAUUUAGCUAGCUGUCAAGGUAAUAAUUAUAAUAAAACUGUAAAUUCGAAAAAGUCAGGUAAUUUAGAAAAUGAUAAGAAAGAUAGUAUUUUAAAUGAUUUUGAGGUAGUGGAUAAUAUUAAUAGUUAUAAUUCUUAUAAAAACAAUAAUUAUAAUAAGAAGGAAGAAAAAAAUAAAAAAAUCAUUACUUUCAAUAGUGCGAAAAAAUGGCUUACAACUCAAUUUAAUCAUAAAAAUAUUUUAAAUAUUAUUUCAGAUAUAACUAAUUAUGAUAGCAAGAAUGUUAAUGAAAAUGAUCGAAACAUAGGAAAAGCACAAAAUGAAUUAGAAAAGGAUAAUAAUAGUUUUUUAAAAAAUGAUAAGGCAUCUACAUCGUCUUAUAACACAUCUGCUUAUAAUAACACUAAUAAAAUCAGUACCCUUUUUAGUUCACAUACCAAUAUAUCAACAAAUGAUGAAAAUAUGUCUAUUAAUAAAAGUGACAAGGAUAGCUACCAACUAAAUAAUAAUGAUAAUAAUACUAGUGAUAGUAAAUAUAUAAGUAAUAAUAAUAAUAAUAAUCUCAGUAUUCAUAAAACUAUGAGUUCAAAUACCAAUAUGAGUACACAUAAAAAUAUGAAUAUUAAUGCAAAUAGAAUAGCACAACAUCACAACAAUAAUAAUAAUAUGAAACAAUCUAGUGGUGAAAAAAAUAUAUUAAGCGCUAAGCAUACAAUUGGAAAUAAUUAUAAUAAUGAUACAUUAAAUAAAAUGAUUUUUAAUAGUGUUGAGAAUUCCUUAAGCUCUGUAUAUGAUGAAGAUAAUUUAAGUGAAUCAAAAGCAGAUACUCUAAAUUCUAGUUCAAAAAUUCAAACAAAUUUAAUCGAUAAUUCGUUUUUUAAUAAAGAAGAAUAUGGAAAGAACGAAAAAUUAUCCAUACUUAUAAAUAAUAAAAAUAUAUUAGACAGUGAAAAUAAUAUAUUAAUGAACAUAAAAAAAGAUGAAAAUAAAAUAAAAGAAAGAAACGCAAUAUUUGAUCAAGAUAAUGAAAAUAACAACAACAUAUUGUUAGAUAAGAAAAAUAUAAAUAAUAAUAAUGUAAAUAAUAAUGCACCUUUAUAUAAUGAUGAUAAAAAUAAUAAUAGUGUGAAUGAUAUAUAUAAAAAAAAUUUUGAAAAUAAAAAAAAUAAUAAUAAUUUAUCGUAUAAAAAUAAAAAUGGUGUACAUGAUAACAAUAAUCAAAAGGAGAACAUACAUGAAAAUGAUGUAAAUAAAAGGAAUUCAUGUGAUAGUAAAAUUUCAGAGGCUUUGUCAGAAGAUAAAAAAGGAUCCAAUGCUAGUAAUAAAAGUUCCGUAAAUGUAGUAAAUAAUAAUAUAAAAGAACUUAUUAAUCAUUCAUAUUUUAAUGUUAAAGGUAAUCUAAAAAUGCAAGAAAAUAAUGAAAAAAAAAAUUCUUAUUCUUCGCUUUUUAAAAAUGAAGAUGUUCGAAAUGAUGAAAAAAAAAAUAAUUACAAAAUGGAUAUACAUAAAUAUUUAAAAACUAUUCAGAGAUUGUUAAGUGUCCAUAUGUAUUAUUCAUAUGAUUAUGAUUUAACUCAAUGUAUUCAAAAAAAAGUAAAAAAUAAUAUAGAAGAGAUAGAAGUGGAACCAUUAGUAUAUAGUGCUCGUUUAAAUAAUUUACAUGCUAAAAAGAAAAAAUCUUUUUUAAAAAUGUGUGAAAAGAAAUAUGUGUGGAACUAUCAAAUGAUAAAGAAGUUGAAAAAUAAAUGUAAAAUUGAUAAUAAUUGGUUUUGUUGUAUUAUACAAGGAUAUAUAUCUUAUACAUCAAUCGAGAUAAAUAAAAAAUGUUUAGAGUUACUUUUAAUAAGUAGAAGGUCAUCUAUUUUGGGUGGUACUCGAUUUAAUAAAAGAGGCAUAAAUGAUGAUGGAUAUGUUGCUAAUUAUGUUGAAUCGGAGCAGAUAGUUCGAAUUAAUAAUAGAAAUGUGGAAUAUGUCGAUAAGCUUGAUCAAGUAAAUAACAAGGAUAAUAGUUCUAUGACUGAUAUGAAUUAUGAUGCAUAUAAAAAUAAAAAUUUUACAAAUACAAAAGUGGACAUGGAAAGAAAUAAUAGUAAUAGGAAUAAUACAUAUAAUAAUAGUAGUGUGUCUAAUGAGGUAUUAGCAUCACCAAAUUUAACACAUGAUCAGGUAAAUAAUUUAAAUAUGCAUAAUAUGAGAGAAAAGGAUAAGAACAAUAAUUCAUUUGGUUCUGGCCAAAUGGUUGGGGGUAAUAUUUCAACAGAAACAAAAGAGCAAUUUAUUAAUAAAGACAAAAUGAGCAAUGAAAGUUUUGGAACCUACAAAAUGAAUGAUCCAAAUGAUAUUAAUAAUAAUAAUAAUAGCAAUAAUAAUAAUAAUAAUAAUAAUAAUAAUAAUAAUAGCAGUAGUAGUAAUAAAUAUGUAGGAAGAGAUUUUGAAAAUCGAAUUAUAUCACUUGUUCAAAUUAGAGGUUCUAUCCCCUUGUUUUGGAAACAACAUUCCAUGUCUUCACAUGUAAAUAUUCAACGAUCAUCCUUAUUAAGUAUUAAAGCAUUUAAAGAGCACAAUAAGAAAUUAAUAAAUAGCUAUGGUAAUAAUAUUUAUUAUAUAAAUUUAUUAAGUCAGAAUAAAAGUAAUGAAAAGAAAUUAACAAAGAAAAUGUUAGAAAUGAUAAAUUUUAUAAAGAAAGAUAAACAUUAUAAAGAAAAAGAUUACAUUAAUUAUAUUGAAUAUGAUUUUCAUAUUUCUGUGAAAAAUAAAAGUUUUGAUGAUGCAAUGAAUGAUUUUAUAAAUAAAAUAUUAUUAAAGGAAAUAAAGAAUGUAUCAUUUUUUAUGGAACCUAUAAAAGUGAACACUAAUAAUAAUGAAAAUUUAAAUAAUAAUAUAGAUGAAGAUGAUGACUAUAAGGAUAAUAACAAUAUAAAUAAUACUAAUAUAAAUAAUGCUAAUAUAAAUAAUAGUAAUAUAAAUAAUACUAAUAGCAAUAAGAAUCAAAAUAAAGAUUAUAGUUAUGAUAAUAGUGAUGGAGAUAAUAAAAAACAAUCGGGUUUUUUUCAGAAUGGUGUAUUUAGAACAAAUUGUCUGGAUUGUUUAGAUAGGACUAAUGUAUUUCAAUAUUAUUAUGCUUUAUUUUUUAUUUUAUAUAUUUUACAUCUUUCAAGGAAUGAUAUAUUUUUGAAGGCUGUAAAUAAAUCUUAUUUAUGUUAUUAUAAAAAUGUAAAUAAUAUGUUUAAUGAAAAAAAUGUUACUAUAUUAACAACAUUACCUACGGAAAAUUAUGUACUUGACUUAUCUGAUAAAUAUGCGGUGAAUAGAAGUUAUGAUUAUGUAAAUAAUAAAAAUGAAAAUAUGGGUAUGUUCGAUGGUUUUUCAUAUAUAAUUAAUGAUGGAAGAUUUAUGAAUAAUAAGAAAACAUCUGAUACUGCUGAUGAAUUAAAAAGAAUAGGUGUAGAUCAAAAGAAAGAAAAAUAUGGAAAUUCAAAUGAUAAAGAUUUUAAUAAAGAUGAUAAAAGAAAAGUAGAACAAAUCGAUGAAUAUGUUUACAUAUUAAAACAUUUAUUUAAAAAAAUGUGGGUAGAAAAUGGGGAUAUUAUAAGUACACAUUAUACAGGGACAGGUAGUGUUUUCUCUUCACAAAUAAAUGUAGGUAGAUCAUCAUUGAGUACAAAUAUUGAUCAUGCAAUAAAAUCUAUUGAAAGAUUUUAUCAAAACAAUUUUGAAGAUAAUUUUAGGCAAGAGUGUAUAGAUAUAAUUUUAUGUAGUGGAAAAUAUAAUAAUAAUAGGAGGUCAUUCUUAGGUUCUGAUUUUUCUUAUCUGUUAAAUUAUAAUAAUACAGGUACUGUGAAUAAGGACUUUAUUAAUAGUAUGAACAACUAUGAUGCUACUAAUAAUGAUAACAACAGCAACAAUAAUAAUAAUAAUAACAACAAUAAUAAUAAUAAUAAUAAUAAUAAUAAUAAUAAUGUUAAUAAUAUUUCGAGUCCUACCAUGAAUUAUGUACUACCAAAUAAAGUUAACCCUAAAAAUAAAAAAUUAUUAAAAGAGAACCAAGAGAAAGGAAAUAAACAAGAAUCCAAAGUUCUAAGUAAAAGAAAAAGAGCUUUGUUAAAACUGAAAAAAAUAUCCGGUGCUUAUAAUAUUAAUACGAAUCAUAAUUGGAAAAAUUUUAUUCAUAAUACCAAUUUUGUAAAAGAUCUUAUAGAUAAUAGUGGAGAUAAAAACAAAAAUGUACAUGCAAAUAAGGAACUAGCCAAAAAAGAAUUGGAACAUCGAGCUAAAAGAAUUUUGCAGGAAAUGGAAAAGUUAGAUGAGUCAGAUGUGGAAAUAGAAGAGAAUGAUGAAGAAUUUGAAGAUAAAGAAAAUGAAAAAAUAGAAAUGGAUGACCAAGGUAUUAAUGAAAAUGCAAAUAAUAAUAUGAAUUAUCAAGUAAAUGCAGAACAUAAUCAAUUUUAUGAGGUGAAAGCUAAUGGAGUUGAUGAAGAUGACGAACAUGAUGAUGAUGAUGAGGAUGAUGACGAAGAUGACGAUAAUGAUGAUGAUGAAGAAGAAGAUGAUGCAUAUAAUUAUGAUAGUAAAAAAGGUUCCAAUAUGCAUUAUAAUGAAGAAGGGAAAUUUUUAAAAAGAGAUGUUAAUUAUCUAAAUAAUAAAAACAUGAAUGAUUUAUGUUCAAGAACAAAUAACAGUAGUAGUGUCAAUAAUACAAUCGAAAUUGAUAGUAGUACAUCUGAUAGUAUAGAAAAGAAAAGAAGAAAUAGAAGAAGAGAAAAAAUGCGAAGAAGAAGGAGAAGACAAAUGAAGAAACUUAAAAAUAAAAGUGAUUCGAUGUAUUUAGAUGAUAUGCAUAAAGAUAAUAAUUAUGUUUAUGAUGUUAAUAAUGAACCUAUUUAUAAUGAUUAUUUAAGUCAUGAUCUUAUAAAUCAAUAUUGUGUAGAUUGUUCUAAUUCCAAAUUUGUGAAUAAUUAUGCAAAGAAAAAAAUUAUUAAUACGGAUUAUGAGGAACGAAUUAUAAAAUUAUGGGCAGGUACAUGGAAUUUAUGUGGAGGAGAUUUGGAGGAAUUAAAUGAUAUAUCAUCAUGGCUUAAUGAAGUUGAUGAUUAUAUUGAUAUGUAUGUAUUUUGUUUUCAAGAAGUAGUCGAAUUAACAGGAUUCCGUAUAUUAAUGAAUAUGAAAGAUAAAUUUAAAGAGAAAAAAAUUGAACAAAUGAUUACACAAACGUUAGGAGAAGUAUCUCAAAGGCAAAAAGAAUUAUAUUUGAGAGGAGCAAAAUAUAAUAAUAACAAUAUGAAGACAAAAAAGAAAAAUACUAAUAUUCCAUCGACAACACCUUAUAAAAAAGAAAAUAAUAAAUAUACAUAUGCUACCAAUGAAGAAAUAAAACAAGAUGUUAUAAUGAAUAAUGAAGAUGUUGAUGAUGAAUAUUAUGAAAAUUAUUUAAAAUGCUUUAACGAUGAAUAUAUGAAAAAUGAAAAGAACAAAAAUAAAAGUUAUGAUAAUAAUAAAUCUAAUAAUUAUAAUUAUGAUGAUAUGGAUAUACUAGUACAAGGUGAAGAACGAAGAACUACAGAGGAUAAUAGUUCAUUGCUAGAUAUAUCAAAAAAUUGUUUUUUGAAUAAUUAUUUUAAUAGUUUAGAGGGUGAUGCUUUAAAUUUAGAUUUAAUGAGUGAGAAGAAAAUGUCUUUCUCUAAUUUGAUGGACUUGGACUUAGACAUGGAUAUGGAUAUGGACAAAAAGGAGUAUAUUGAUGAUACCAACAAAUAUAAAAUACCUGAUGAACACAAUAAUAUAUCUAAAGAAAUGAAAUAUAGUAAUGAAUUUAAUUUAGUAAAUGCUUUAGAAAAUGAUGAUAAUAUAGAAAAUAAACCUAAUAAACAUGACCAUAUAAAUGAAGAUUUAUUGAAAAGUAAUGAAACACAUAUAAGCUCAAAUGUAAAGGAUAUUUUUCAAAAUAAAGUAACCAAUAGCUUCAAUAUGAAUUUGAAUGAUGUAUUCAAUGAUGAGUUUAUAUCAAAUCCAAAGGAGGAGGAUUCUUUUAUUAAUUCAAAUAAGGGGAAUAUAAGAGGUUCUUAUGUAUUUGAGGAAUUAUAUAAUCGUAAAUUUAGUGAUAUAAAUAAUAAUAAUAUGAAUGAUGAAUAUGAUGAUAAUAUGUAUAAUAAAAACAAAGAUAUAGAAAAGAAAUUGGCAAGACCUAUUGAUAUGUACGAUAGAAGAGGUAGUCACUCAAAUAAAAUUAAAAAUAAUAAUAAUAUAAAUAAUAAUGAAAAUAAUAACAAAGAAAACACACAUAAUAAUAAAACUAACACGUUUGAUAAUAGCAAUAAUAUGGAUAGUUUAAAAAAUUACAAUUUUACUAGUGUACAAGAUGUUUUUGAAGAUUGUGAAAUCAAAGAAUUAGGAAGUAAUAAUAAUAAUUUGAUGCAUGAAAAAAAGUAUGGAUCACAAAAAAUGAAAAAUAAAAAUUUUUAUGAAAAUGUAAAGAAUGAAAUAAAUAAAACGGAUGAUUAUUAUGAAAAUGUACAAAAGGAUAAAAAAAAGGAUAAUAGGGAUUUUGCUGCUAAUGGUAGUAGUAGUUAUAAUAAUAAUAAUAAAAAGUCUGACAAAUACUUUUUGAACUUAAGAAAAUUUAAAUAUGUAAAAUUAAAAUCUGUAUCUAUGAUUGGUUUAUUUAUUAUUAUAUUUAUUGAUGAAGCUUUGGUUGAUCAUAUAAGAGAAAUAGAAGUAUGUAAGGUGAAAGUAGGUCUUAAGGGAAAUACAGGAAAUAAAGGAAGUGUGUCAGUUAAAUUUAGAUUAGGAUAUAAUUCAUUCUGUUUUAAUAAUAUUCAUUUAGCAUCUGGUCAAACAAAUAUAUUUGAAAGGAAUACACAAAUGCAGAACAUUUUAAGUAAUAGUUUUCAAAAUCAAGAAUUAAAUAAUUUAUUUAAUUUUGAUUAUUUCUUUGCAUGUGGAGAUUUUAAUUUUAGAAUAAACAAAAAUCUUGAAGAAGUACUUAAGUUAAUAUCUAACAAAAAUAUUAAACAUUUAUUGAAUUAUGAUCAAUUUAUUUAUAAUAAGAUGUAUAAUAUAUUACCUUUUUGUCUCUUUCAUGAGCACCCCAUAACGUUUAACCCAACAUACAAGUAUAAGAAACAUUCGAAUAUGUACGACAUUAGGAGAACCCCUGCCUGGUGUGACCGUGUUUUGUUGAGUGGAAAACUUGUACACUUAUCCGAAAUGGAGAAGAAAAGGAAUGAACAUAUAGCAAAAGAACAUUCUAGGGAAAAUAAUAUGAACAUAGAAGGAAGAAAAAAAAAUGAUAUGAUUGAUAAUAAAAAGACUGAUAUUUUAGAUAAGGAUAUGUUAAAUGAUUUUUAUAAUAAUGAUAAAAUAUAUUUUAAAUAUUUAGAUUAUAAAACCCAUAAUAAUUUCUUUUCAAGUGAUCAUAAACCUGUUAGUGCUCUUAUUGAAUUGAAAGUGUUUUUUGAUAAAAAGGAUAUUGAAUAUAAAUUAUUACACUCUUAUAGUAUGAAAACCUUAGAUGAAUAUGGAUAUUUAGGAAAAGGAUCAAGUAAUACAAGUAAUAGUAGUAGUAAUAAAAAUAAUAAUUUAUUUGAUUAUUUUUUUUCUAAUGGUUAUGGUAUAAGUAAAUAUACUUCUAACCCUAUAUCUCAAAUUCUUAAUUAUUCAAAUCCUGUUAAUUCAAAAUGUAAGAAUGAACCGAAUGAGCAUUCGUUUCAUGAAGAUGCCAUAAAAAAUAUUGAAAAUUUUGAGGAAUAUACAAAAUGA